AUGGAAGAUAAUAAACAAAUCGAUAACAUUACCAUAGAGCUCCCGUUCCCCCCAAGCGUUGAUUUGAUCAAUCUAAUUAGCAAAAAGAGUGCAGGGAAGAUUCCCGCGAGAUCUCCAAAUGCCUUCAUAAUUUACCGAAAAGUCUUCGUCGAGACUGCCAGACGCAGCGGUUACAGUCUUCCGAUGACCAACAUUUCCACGUUGGCAUCUAAACGCUGGGCGAAUGAGAGUGACGAGGUGAAAGCCAUGUACAAAAUUAUCGCAAGUGAUGCACUGGCUGUUCGUAACGAUGUCUUCCCGAAACAUGGUAAACGUAAACGCAAGGACAGAUGGAACCUUGUAACUUUUGAUCAACCUUCGACGACCGAGGAACGAAAAAAAUCGACCAGCAGGGCACAGCGUCCGGUUGUUAAAAAGUCGGCAAAAACUUCUUUACCAAAAUCGAACUCUUUGUCAUCACCAAACAACCCUGAGAAUUCCAUGGACGAUUAUUCAGCUCAAAGCUUGACCCCGCCAAUGAAGACUCCAUCUCUCGAAGCUUCUCGUGUCAUGGUGGACGAAAUGGGAUUGACUGUAAGAUAUGCUGAAUCCGAUGUACUUUCAGAUGAACCAAAUCAUGUCCAUACGGCCAUAUUUUCCGAAGAUGAUUCCAAUGUCAUAUUCUCAGACAGGCAAAAUCACACCGUUGUGUAUUCCGGUAGAUCAGAUUCUGUGAAUGUUGUCAAUGCCACCAUGUUCCCAAAUGACAUAAAUUCCAUAUUUCCAAGAGAACAAAAUCAAAUAGAUACCGUCAACUCGGUCAUAACUUCAAACGAACAAAUUCACAUAGACCACGCCUAUGGCUUUCCUGCCAUCUCACCAUUGCAGGUUAUUGCUGACGAUUCAAGCUGUGAGUUAACCGAUGAUUUUCUCUCGCAAUUUUGGAUUCCGAACGGUGUAUGCGUCCCACAAACACCAAAUUUCGAACAAUAUGCCUCGAGCAUUAGUAGCGCCGAAGAUGGAUUACCAAGUUCUCCCUUGAUUAGCAAUGAAGUCUUUCCUAUAAUGAACAACUGCAACCUUUACGUGUUCCCAAGUUAUCAGGAACAAGAAUCGAACCAAACUACACCAACACAUGUAUUCAAAAAAUUGAGUUGUAACCCUUCAACAUUAACGACACCCAAGACAUUAUCAACAUAUUCAUCAAACAGUUUUAUAUGA